CCCGGACCCGACGCCCUCUUCGCCUUGCUCAGGGACUCCUUCCGUCCUGGGUCUGUUCCGACCUGCUCUGAGGUCCACCCGGCCCUCGGUCCCCCAGGCUCUUGCCCAGCCCUCCCACGACCCAAGCGCUGAACCUUGACGGCUGCAGAAGGAAAUGGUCACAGCCAUGAACGUGUCAAACGAAGUGAGGCAACUGCUCCAGCCCUAUGAUUUCGAGAUGUCCCAAGACAUGAGACCCUUUUUGGAAGAGUACUGGACCGCCUCCUUCCUCAUCGCUCUCGUCUACCUGCUGCUCAUCGUCGUGGGGCAGAACUACAUGAGGGCACGCAAGGGCUUCAGCCUGCAGUGGCCUCUCAUGCUCUGGUCCUUCUGCCUCGCCAUCUUCAGUAUCCUGGGAGCAGUGAGGACCUGGGGCUACAUGGGGACCGUGCUGCUCAGGGGGGGCCUAAAGCAAACCGUGUGCUUCAGCGACUACAUCGAGCAUUCCACCAUCAAGUUCUGGUCCUGCCUCUUUCUCCUCAGCAAGAUCAUUGAGCUCGGGGACACGGCCUUCAUCAUCCUGCGAAAGCGGCCGCUCAUCUUCGUGCACUGGUACCACCACAGCACGGUGCUGGUGUUCACAAGCUUCAGCUACAAGAACAAAGUGCCUUCGGGCGGCUGGUUCAUGACCAUGAACUUCGGUGUGCACGCGGUCAUGUACACCUACUACACAUUGAAGGCUGCCAAGGUGAAGUCCCCCAGGCUGCUCCCCAUGCUCAUCACCAGCCUGCAGAUCCUGCAGAUGUUCGUGGGCACCAUUGUUGGCUUGCUGACCUACACCUGGAGGCAGGAACGGGGAUGCCACACCACAGCCGAACACUUCUUCUGGUCCCUCGUUCUGUAUACGACCUAUUUCAUCCUCUUUGCCCACUUCUUCCGCCAAACCUACAUCAGGCCCAAGGUCAAAGCAAAGGCCAAGAGCCAGUGAAGGGUUGGAGAGAAGGAGCCCCAGGAUCUCUCUUCCUCAGGGCACUGAGGGGCUGGGCUUAGGUCUGGGAGAAUGAUUAGGGCGCCUUACCUGGAUGGUUUCCUGUGUGCCCCCAGGUGGCCGUAAGUGGUAACAGGCAAGAAGUGUCUCUGCUGGGAUGGGGUUGUGGCCUGGUACGUUCAUGUUUCUGUUUUUAAUGUGAAGGCCAAGCAGACCCUGGGAUGGGAUGGGGCUGAG